AUGCAGCAAAAGCUCUACAUAUUACUGCUGGCCUUGGUAGCGACUCUGGCUGCUGCUCAGCCUGCUACUCUGCUGCCUGCCGCUCCUGGCUUGUCCACGGCAGCCACUGGUUUUAAUGGUCUCGCCGCUCCAGGAGCUGCUCCUUUGGCCAUCUCGAGCAGCCAGCGCUUGGACUACUUCAAUCAACUCAAUGCUGCCUUCGCACCAGCUGCUCGUCUGAUAGCCACUCCGUCGGGCUUGGCUGCGUUUCCCUCAAUUUUUGGUUUUCCACGCUUUGGACAACUGGCUGCAGCCAAUGCGCCUUUCAUCUUUUAA